AUGAGUCAAGCUAUAUGGCUUCGUAGGAUACUUGAAGACAUGGGAGAAAAACAAGAUGAGCCUACUAAAAUCAAUUGCGACAACAAAUCAGCAAUUGCAAUGGCGAAGAAUCCAGUUCAUCACAGCAGAACAAAACACAUAGCAAUCAAGUAUCACUUUAUUAGAGAAGCUGAAGCAACUAAAGAGAUCAAACUCGACUACUGCAGAACAGAAGAUCAAAUUGCAGACAUAUUCACGAAGGCUUUGCCGAGACCAAGAUUUGAAGAAUUAAGAGCUAUGCUCGGAGUCAUAGAAAUUUGCAUCAAGGAGGAUCUAAAACAAUUCUCUAAAAUUACCAACUAUCAACUAUCAUCUAAUCAACUACCAACAGUUCUAUACUCAGCUUUGGGGAGGGGACACCUUGUUUCCAUGGUGGAACUAGGCAAACUCAUACUAACCCACCACCCUUCACUUUCCAUCACCAUUCUUUUCCUAACUCCACCCCCCAACCAAGACACCCCCACCUCCCCCACCGCCUUCACCUGCGAUGCUACCGCCAAAUACAUCGCCGCCAUCACCGCCGCCACACCCUCCAUCACCUUCCACCGCAUCCCUCAGAUCUCUAUCCCCAUAGCGCUCCCUCCCAUGGCCCUUACCUUCGAGCUCUGUCGCGCCACCACCCACCACCUCCGCCGCAUCCUCAACUCCAUCUCCCAAACCUCAAACCUCAAAGCAAUAGUCUUGGACUUCAUGAACUACAGCGCCGCACGUGUCACUAACACGCGUCAGAUCCCCACUUACUUCUAUUACACUUUGGGCGCCUCCACCCUCGCUGUUCUCCUUUAUCAAACUAUCUUUCAUGAAAACUACACAAAGUCCCUCAAGGACCUCAAAAUGCACGUCGAAAUCCCAGGGUUACCAAAAAUUCACACCGAUGACAUGCCAGACGGAGCGAACGAUCGUGAAAAUGAAGAUUAUAGGGUUUCUGUUGACAUAGCCACGUGCAUGAGGGGAAGUUACGGGGUUAUAGUAAAUACGUGUGAAGCCAUGGGAGAGAGGGUUGUAGAAGCUUUUUCCAAAGGGUUGAUGGAAGGAACCACGCCGAAAGUGUUUUGCAUUGGACCCGUCAUUGCUUCUGCUCCUUGUAGAAAGGAUGAUAACGAGUGUUUGAGUUGGCUCGAUUCACAACCGAGUCAAAGUGUUCUGUUUCUGAGUUUCAGAAGCAUGGGGAGAUUCUCGAGGAAGCAGUUGAGAGAGAUUGCUAUUGGGUUGGAGCAGAGUGAGCAAAGGUUCUUGUGGGUAGUGAGGAGCGAGUACGAAGAUGGUGACUCGGUGGAGCCGCUGAGUUUGGACGAGUUGUUGCCGAAAGGGUUUUUGGAGAGGACUAAGGAGAAGGGAAUGGUGGUGAGGGACUGGGCCCCACAGGCGGCGAUACUGAGUCAUGACUCAGUGGGCGGGUUCGUGACUCACUGCGGGUGGAACUUGGUGUUGGAAGCGGUAUGUGAAGGGGUGCCAAUGGUGGCGUGGCCUCUCUACGCGGAGCAGAGAUUGAAUAGGGUGGUUUUGGUGGAGGAAAUGAAGGUGGGUUUGGCGGUGAAGCAGAACAAAGAUGGGUUAGUGAGUUCCACCGAGUUGGGUGACCGAGUCAAGGAGCUCAUGGACUCGGAUAGGGGAAAAGAGAUUAAACAGAAGAUUUUCAAAAUGAAAAUAAGUGCCACCGAAGCAAUGACUGAAGGUGGAUCUUCCGUAGUUGCAUUGAAUAGGUUGGUAGAAAUAUGGAAGGAGCAUUAAUAGUAUAAAAUUUGAGAGUGAGAGAGACUUAAGAGAAUCAUUUAGAAAGGUGAAUGUGAUUCAGAAAAUCAAAAGAA